GCGUGAAGUGGAACAGAGGCCAAGAGACAAAGCUGGAGGUGCUCUCAGAACAGAGACUGUUUAGCAUCAACAAGACACUGCAUUCUGUUCAAACCGAGACAAAUUUAGCUUUUCUUCUUCUGUUAAGAUCCCAUUGCUUGGGUCUCACAAAAUCAGGAGUGGAAGAAAGAGCAAAGAAGUUACUUCUGUCUCUCUCACUAAACUUUGGAGCCUUUCUGUUUGGAUUUUCUGCCCUUAUCUUGUGGAUAACCUUCCCAGCCAAGGACUCAUUUGAGGCAUUCUGCUGCACAGACUAAAGGUUGCAGACACAGAAAACCAGACUAGUCCCUUGUUUUUUGGUUAUUUUAUUUCUUUCUGGAAUAACCUGAUUCUGACGUCUAGCUCUGGAGAUACUACAGCAGCAGUGCAGAUGCUGGUCUCAAGCUUGUGUUACAAGCCUUUGGCUACCUACCCCUUGGAACCUUCAGAUGUGAAAGAAAAACAUGAUUUGAACAGGGUCACAGACAGCAUUUUGCUGGACUGCCUGGAGCAUUUGAGGUCACAAUAAAGCAGCCAAGAAAUGGAACUGUUGAUAAAGCUGCUAGCCAGCAUGUUGUGGAUAGCAGUGGUAAUGAAGAGUGAGCGACAACAUGAGUGCUGGCAGGUGGUGCUACGAUGCCAACAUGAGAGGGAGUGUGAGUUGGCAUACAGCCAGUAUACAGCGGCCUGUGAAUCAUUUGUGAGAGGAGUGAGGAAGCAGUGCCCAAGUCACUGUAUUGGGGCACUGGUAAGGCUCAACCAGACUCGCCAUGGGCCUGAGUUGGAGCGGUGUGACUGUGGUCAAGAUCCACAAUGCCAUAGGAUACAGCAAGCAAUUGAACCAUGCUUGCCACGUCGUCAUCAAACUGACUCAUCUGAGCUGGGCUGUACAGAAGCUCGCCAACACUGUGAGAGUGAACCAAAUUGCCAGGUUGCGCUGGCUGCAUACCUGGCUAACUGUGGGCAGCUCUUCAAUGGCCGACAGUGUGGAUCUUCUUGCCGAGCUACCAUCCAAGCCCUACUUAGCCUUCCUACUGGUCGUCUGCUUGACAGUUGUGUAUGUGAUGGCCUGGAACGACCCUUUUGUGAAGUAGUCAAAGCUAACAUGGGUAAGCUGUGUUUCAGGGGUGAACCAGACCAAACCACAAACAGCCCUACUGAACAUGAUGAUGCAUAUGAGGAUGAGGAUGAUAGUUUACAACAGCAGGAGGUGGAAGGCCAGGGGGGGAUCGACAGCAGUGCCAGUUCAACCAGUACCAUCGCCACAUGGCAUAUGACUAGCUGGGUUAGUCUUGGACUACUCCAUGGAUCAUUCUGGGUGGUCUUCCAUUAAAACUUUAGGCAGAAUUUCUGCCAUAAUCAACAGCGCAGCAACACUUUAUGUUUACUUUUGUCCUUUAAGUAACUUUAUUAACAUUCAAAUUUUAACUCACAAGGUGGAGACGCUUAAACUGUUUGACAUUUACUUUUAUCUCCCUUUCAGAUACUGGAAUGUACAAUGGCUACAUAAAGGAAGUACAUUUACAGCAUCAGAUACUGGUUUAAAACUGAAAUAAUAGUAACUAGAUUCAGAAGAGCUGUGGUCUAAAAGGCAUGAAGCAACCUCCCAAGAAUGAAUUGUUAGUAGACAAAUUAUGCUGCACAUAAAAAUGCAUCUCUUUUUGGAUUUAUGCUUGUUGUCUUUAAUUUGUUUUUAAGUGCUACCCAAUUUUUUUAACACCUAAGGGAACAGUGUUUGAUAAUUACUGUGGCUGACUUGGAAAAAUUACUUUUGGUAUCAAGGUUCAAGAAAUAGUGGCAAAUGGGCAAAACACAUUUAAUUUGUGUAUAUACACAGACUGCUUUUUGCUCGUACUUUUAAAAUAUAAGCGUAAUCUUUCCACAGAUUUAGAUUGUAGAUGUUAUCAGUUCUGAGAGAUGCUGAUACUGACAGAAUGCCUAGCACACUGUGGAACACAGUACUCUGGGAAUGAGGAAUGCAUUUUGGAAACAAUAGUCUUAAGAAAAAUAUUGCUUCAUUCUUCUUGUAUAGCAUAAAAUAAACUGUGUUCAGUACACUUAGUUAAAAAUUAAAAAAAGAAAGUUCUAGCUAAUAUAGUUUGCAAAAAUCCCUUUAUAAAAUCCCUUUAUAUCACAAUGUGUUAUUUUGUACAGCUGCAGUUUUAGUUUUCUUAUUUUUAUACGGACAAUACAGUGAUCUAUUUGAGAGCUAUUUAUAUUGCAAUAAAUGGAUAAUGAUUU